AUGCCCGCGCACAACCACCAGAUUCACCCUCGAAACAGAGCACCCUCGAGGGCUUCGACCGCUUCCAUGCAUAGCACCGCCACACAGCAGAAUCUCGACCAAAGCUUUGCUGUUUCCCAUCACAAUUCCUUUCCCGAACAAUGGCCUACGAAUCCCCACCCUCACGGCCAUGGCCAUGUUCAACAACACAGAGACAUGGCCAUGUCCGCACACCAGAUGCCGGCUGACGAUAUCAUGCUACGGUCUGGCUCGCAGAUGCAUCCCGCUCAGUCAUUUGCCAUGGACUCCAGCAUGCAGUCGGCCGUCGGGCAUCCUAUGGCAUACCCCCAACAUGCUGUUCUGCAGCACCACGGACUGCCUGCAGACUCUUUCGGCGCGAGUGCCAGUUUCACCGAGGAUAGCCAGAUGAUGGAGCGUGGAGACGACGAGGACGGAGAUUCGCUCGCUGGUGCCUUGGCAAAUCCCAAGCCCUCCAACAAGACCAGUGCCAACAAUGAGCAUGAGAUGCGUCAACUGUUUAGAGCGAACAAGCAUCGGUCCUUGCAGGAGGUGGCCACUGAAUUGCACGGAAACGAAAGAGGCCCCAACUCGGAACGUACGCGACAGGUCUUUGCUAUGCUUUGGAUCAACCAAGUUUGCUCAACUGGGAAGGGCUCCGUCCCGAGAGGACGCGUCUAUGCCAACUAUGCCUCGAGAUGCGCCACGGAAAGAACCACUGUUCUGAAUCCCGCCAGUUUUGGAAAGCUGGUUCGAGUGCUCUUUCCAGGUUUGAGGACGCGUCGGCUUGGUGUUCGUGGAGAGUCAAAGUAUCAUUACGUCAAUUUUACGUUGGCUGAUGAAGGUCCGGAAAACCCUGAGUCUGUUCCCACCGCUCUUGCCUUCCCAGAUGCCGCAAGCUUUUCGCAGAGCGCACAUUUUUCCAAAUCCCAGUCCCCUGCUAUGAAUGCGCCCAAGGCAGUCUUGCCAUCACCAGAGCUCCCAUUGCAGCCUGACGCUACUCCAGCAUCGCGCUCAGGAGACAACAGAGCUCAUAGUUUCUACAACUUGCCGGAUGUAGCAAGUAUCGAUCAGGUGCAGUCCACAGCUGCGAAGACGAUUCUACGCAUGUCCUUCACACCCCCAAGCGAGGAUGCACUAUCUGAUGCGCUCAUCCUACCCAAGAUUGAGCCUUACCUGCCUGACAACACCGACCCAGAUGCCGCAAUGUCAUUGACGGCACUUUACCGUAGCCACUGCACAUCACUUGUCGAAUGCAUUCGGUACUGCCGAGAGAAGACUUUCUUCCAUCUGUACACAUCAUUCCAAGGUACUCUCACGAUGCCGGUGCAAAAGCUUUUCUCCAAUCUCAAUGUUGCACUCUGGAUAGAGCAAUGUGACUUCGUCUUGUAUCAAAGAAUGAUGCACAUCAUCUCGAACCUCACUUUGCAGGUUGUCCCCAAGCCGGUUCUGGAUACCCUGCGCAAUAUCUCGGAAAGGCUUGUGCUUCACAUCCGCGAAUCAUUCCAAGGUCAACCUCGACAUGUCAUUCAGGCCAAGGAGGCACCUGCUUCGAUCUUUGCAGCACUCAUCGAUCGAGCCCUUCGCGUAAACCUGACUGCACAUGCGGCAGCUAACAUGCUCGCCAACCCAGCAAACCGAGACCAGAUGUAUAUCGAUUGGAUCACCAUGGUUCGCAUACGCAAGGUCGCCGAAGUGGUACCUACACGGGGUAUGGACGACCUUGUACUCCUGUUGUUGGGCGAGAUUCGUGAUCUACUAGAUCCUAAAAAUGUUCCCUGGGACAUCGAAUGCCAGACGCUAUAUGGCGAUGUGGCUACACGAAGCGGCAGGGUAUCUCAGACUGAUGAUUUGGGCGUCGAUAGUGGAGCAAACACGCUCGAUCGCUGGGUAGGCUUCCUGCAAGGAUUGCACACCCGGUUCCCCUAUGCCACGGCGGAAGAUGUUGUUUCUUGUGUUCAGCGGGUAGGAACCGCAGUGAUGCGGGAUCUAACCAUAGCCCAAGGCAAGAGCUUCGGUUCGUGGUGGGUUACGAAAUGCUGGGUGGAUGAGAUGAUUGCUUUUCUUGCAGAACAGGGUGGCUUCAUGAAGCUCACGUCGUCGUCUCCGCGCACAGUGAGCCCUCAGAGUGCCUCAAUCCCGGCGCAAAUUCCGAGUCGACAGAAUUCUCAGGCCAUCCAUCGCAGUCCAGAAUACGGCUCCCUACCGAAACCACAUGCGCCCCAGGCAAACCGCGCGCCUUUCCCCAUACAAGUGGAUACUCAUACCCGCGACUCGCUUGGUCUUCCGAUCAACCCCGACGACAGCGGUAUUGGCAUGCGCACUCCUGAGGAAGAUUUGCCCAUGGAUAAGUUCGAGUUGCCUCAGAAUCAUGGACACGACAUGCAGAGCUUCAACCUGGAACCGGAUUAUGUCCAAUAG